UUAAAUGGAACUUCGAAACGCUAACUUCCGAGAAGCGAGUAUUGACUCAGACAGUUGGCAUGAGGUUUCUCCCCCAAUUUACAGUUAUAGUUAACAGUAAAAGGGUUUAGUGAUCUCUAGCUGGUAAGUGGAAUGGAAGAAAGGUCGCAACAUCGAGAAUCAGGAGCAUCAGAUACUCCAGACUAUGUUUCCCACCAUGAAUGGGCAAGUCGACGAAAUGGACAACACAAGCCAUGAAGAGCCUACCACAAGCUCAAACUCGUCAUGUCCUUUAUCUGUUGUAUCAAUUCCGGGACUUGGUGUGCCUCAGAGUCUCUCAAACGCCUUACGGAGAAUUGAAGUACCUCAACUGGAUGCGAUACCAAUAUUGCUCGGUGAAGCCGAUGCACUGAUCACACCAAUUCGAGGACGAGAAAGGUAUACCGACGACGACUCUUCGCUCACUGUCCCCCACACUGUGCACACCGCUACCAAGUUUCCCCAUCUAAGUCGUCGGUGGCCUUCCAGGUUGAUGCGCCUUAUCAGUGAGAAAAGCAACGAUGAUGAGUGGUCUGCGGUGAUGGAACGACUACAAUCUCACCCGGAAGAAAUUGCCAUAAAAGGACCAGCUAAUGGUAUGAAUGCUUUUCAUGCUGCUUGCGUUCGGUACCCACCUCUUCAUGUGAUCUCAGCAAUGAUUGCAGUCAGUAAUCCAGAAACCAUCGGAGCCGCUAACGCCAACGGAGAAACACCCCUUCAUUUAGCGGCAGACGGUGCCAGUGAGGAUGUACAGAUGCUCCUGAUCGAUUGCGCUCCCAAAGCGGCGUUGGCCCAGGAUAAAUAUGGCGAUUGUCCAUUGCAUUUUGCAGCAAGAUCUGGAGCGACUCGUCACCUCAUGCAGGCCCUUGUGCAAGCGGCACCAGAGUCAAUAUCUAUCGCAAAUCCACGAGGCGUCACGCCAUUUUCGCUCCUGCCUCGAACUUUUUUGGAAGCAGAAGAUCUAGACGAGAUCUUCGAUGACGAAAGUGAUAAUUUUCGAGACGACUGGGAUCUACACGUGCUAUUUUUGAGCUGUAGCUACGUUGAAAAUGGAUACACUGUGCCCGAGUUUUCACUACUGGAGGAGGAUUAUCGAACAGACCGGUUCCAAGAUUGGAUAGUUCACGCCGCGGCUGUAACAGCAGCGUGUCCACGACAAGUUUUGACUUUUUUAUGCCGCAUGUUCCCGGAUCAAGCCCUCCGCCGCAACGAGAAAGGGUUUACACCGCUCCUUUUGGCGACACAAACGCCUGCAAUGGACGAGCCGGACGAGUGGAAUGAGAACGAAGACGGUUAUCGAGCUGAGAUCGACGCUGUCGAAGGCCGACUUCAGAUCGAAUCACAUGGUGUUACCUUUGAGGAAGUUUCUCCACAAAUGGGCGACUCGGCAUUUAUUUACCGGUCAACGUCUGCAUUGCGACCUGGGUUGAAGUCCAAACAAAAGGACUCGGUCAUAGAUAUAUUGCUUAGGUGGAGUCCACGGUCUAUAAUCUGUGAAGACGUACAGGGACGUCUACCUUUGGCGCAUGCUCUUGUUUCUGGUCAUUCGUGGCACACUGUCCGUAGUAUCAUUGCUGCUUGUCCACGGGCUCUUGAAGUUCGCGACCGAGCUACAGGCCUCUAUAUGUGUCAGUUGAGCAGUAUCCACUCUCCAGAUCUUGAUACAGUGUACACAAUCGUUCGAAGCCAUCCACACUUCCUACGAUUGUCUGGAAAUUUCCAAGCUGGAAGAUCCUGCAAAAGCUCGGUAGGAAAUUGA